AUGUCGACACCUCCAACACGAAAUGUGUACACUAUACGCCCGCUCCCAUCUGGCGGCGGGGCCAGAGGAUCGUUGUCGACUUCGAUAUCUAUGGGGCCACAUGGUCUGGUACACUCCCUAUACGCUGCAUCCCCAACCCCGCCUACGCGUCACCACUUGGACGCAAAUGCAUCAACUUUAAGCGCAUCUCCCAGAACCUCUCGUAUCCGACGUGACUUUACUAGUCUUGGUAGACACCCCUUGGCAAAUGACGGAGAUGAAGAUACCACUUUUGGUGACGACGAGGAAGAUUCGACGACUGGACUAUUGUUUAACUGGACAGGUGAUCCUAAUGAUGCAUUUUGGCUCGCACAGACGCACUUUUUGACAAACCAGUAUUCUCGAGCCGAACGUCUCCUCACUCGACCAUUCAAUUUCUCUGCAGCCGCCACUCGUUCCAAGGGCACGGGGGAACAACCCCUUGACAUGAUUCAAGGGGAGGGUAUUUCAAGGCUAGUGGAUGUAAAGUCUGGGAACUGGACCGAAGCUAUGGAAAUGUUGGGCGAUUCGAACCCGUUUGCUGGGUCUUCUAAUUCCGGGUCGAAGAUACCCAACUCGGAUGGUGGGAUCAAGGUGGAAGCAUCAAUGUGCUACCUGCGCGGCCUCCUUAUGCUCCGCCUCAAUCGUGCCGAUCGAGCCAAGGAAUGUCUUCUCGAGGCACUCGCAUUAGAUGUCAAGUGCUAUGAGGCAUUUGAAUUACUAGUUGGCGGAGAAAUGAUGGGUAUCGACGAAGAGUGGGCACUCAUCGAGGGAUUGGCGUACCGGGAACAAGCACAGGAGCAAGCUGAGUUUGUGAAACUAAUGUAUACCACGCGACUGAAAAAGUUUAAACAUCACGCGGAAAUAGAGGCUGCUCGUAAAAAGCUAAUGGAGGAGUACGACCUGGCGGAUAAUCCCGAUGUUAUGUUUGGACACGCUGACUCUCUGUACGCCGAGUACCGGUGGGCAGACUGCUUUGCCAUCACGUCCCGGAUCCUUGACCUAGAGGCAGUGCACCCUUCGACCCUCCCCCUUCACCUUGCAUGUAUGACUGCCUUGCCUCAUCUUCAUAGUCGUCUAUUUCUACUCGCCCAUGAACUCGUUGCUCAUGAAUCAGAUGCCCCAAGUAGCUGGUACGCCGUUGGAUUAUGGUAUUUGGCUGUAAAACGGUAUGGGGAGGCAAAAAAAUACUUCUCCAAAACGUCAUUAAUGGACCCUCGGUUUGGGCCUGCCUGGAUUGCAUUUGCCCAUGCAUUUGCAUAUGAAGGUGAACAUGAUCAAGCAAUUGUCGCAUAUUCAACCAGCGCUCGAUUAUUUCCUGGGUCUCACCUUCCUCAGCUGUUCAUCGGAAUGGAACACAUUCAAUUAUCAAAUAUGCAGCUUGCCGAGUCUCACUUGGCAGCCUCUGUAGCGCUGUGCGAUUCCGAUCCUAUUCUCUUCAAUGAGCUCGGGGUAGUGGCAUACGAAAACCGCAAAUAUGACGAUGCUCUCAAGCACUUUUCAAACGCAGUAUCCCGGGCGAGAGAGGUUCGAGGAUCCCAGACCAUGUGGGCAACAUUAUAUGUAAAUCAAGCGCACGCGUUCCGAAAGAUAGGCCAGUUGCAGGAAGCGAAAGAAGGGUAUAUGCGCGUGCUUGAGAUUGAGCCGAGGCAUACGAUAGCAAUUGCAAGUCUUGGGUUGACCCACCAUCUAUUAUUUGAGCUUGAGGAUGCCAUAGCACGUUAUCACGAGGCCUUGGCAAUAGAACCAUUGGCGGCUCAUGUUGUCGGGUUACUCGAUAGUGCCCUUCACGCCAACUCGGAUGUACCCAUUUACAUGAUCCCCGGGUUAGGAAAAGACGGUGAAUGGGAAGCCGCAAUGGAGCAACGGAAUCGUGCUCAAGAGGCCCAUCGAGCACAGCGUUCUCAGACUCAGGAGGACUCGAACGCAGCCAACCUGAGUGGAAUUUCUGAAGCGGACAGUUCGGCGAUGGACUUGGUUUCAUAG